AUGGAGUCUUCUGCUUAUCAUGUUUCAUUCAUAGAUCAAUCUGCUUCAUCUAUUCAUCUUGUGGUCAAGCAGAAUCAAAAUAUGAUUGUUGAUCUUGAUGCUUCGAAAUAUUCUAUGGAAGUUCAACCCCUAAUUGAAUGUUUAAAUCAUUCGAUUUUAAAGAAGGCAUUGACUCAUCAUGAAGAUGUACCUCUUUCAACCCUAAUUUUGGCUUAUUCUACUACAAACUACAAUAAGAAGAUGAAUGUGAUGAGCUUUGAGGUUAAAGGACACAAAACGACAAUUACCAAGGUUGCUUUCUGCAAGUUGUUAGGGUUACGAAUUGGAGAGAUGUAUUCAAACCCUAAUAGACUCAAAGCAUUGACUAGUUCAGUUAAUUUAUAG